AUGAUGUUGAUUCUACCAGUCAUUGGUUUUGCAGCCAUGAUGGCUCAUGGCCAGACAUUGACAUUGGCAUCAAGUAUGAUUGAAGGGAUGAGCAACAACAGUCUAUUCGAUCGAUGGCGUCCUUACUCACAUUUCUCCGCCCCUGCCGGAUGGAUGAAUGACCCAUGUGGACCACUCUAUGACCCCGUCGGCGACCUUUACCAUCUGCACUACCAGUGGCACGUCAACCAUGUGGAAUGGGGCAACAUCUCUUGGGGUCAUGCCUCGUCGGAAGAUCUAGUGACAUGGAUUGAUGUCGACCACUUCUCUGGCGAUCAAUCCCAAGCAGCAGCCCAAGCCUGGUCAGGAAGUCGAGCACAAUCACUAGGACCGACCAAUCUGACCAGCUCCCACCAUGGUCCCAGCGAGUACAACCACCUCGGAAUCUUCACGGGCACUGCACAACCCGUCAACUUGACCGGAGAAGUCGACGACGGUACACUACUCGCCUUUUACACCUCCGUCUCUCGCCUUCCCACGAGUUGGGACGCACCGUACCUCAAGGGAACCGAGAGUCAGAGUUUGGCAUACUCUACGGACGGCGGUCUCAGCUGGACGCAAUACGAUGGCAAUCCAGUGAUAUCGCAGCCACCAGAGGGUUGGAACGUUACCGGGUUCCGAGAUCCUUUCUUUCAUGAGUCGCCGGAGUUGGAUCGCAUGCUCAACUACUCCGAGCCGCAUUACUAUUCUGUCUUUGGUUCCGGGAUAGGCGACGUUGGGCCCCGAGCACCUCUGUACACCGCACUAGCGUCGAACCUGACCGAUUGGACUUUCCUGGGAGCAUUGUGGGAACCCAAUGGCAACACUUCCCUCGGUCGGCCGUACGAGGUGGGUAAUUGGGGAUGGAAUUUUGAAGUUCCCAAUUUCUUCGAUCUUGAUGGCCACUGGUUCUUCAGUUCUGGAGUACAAGGAGGCGAUAGAAGUUAUCAUGAACAGACUUGGUCGAUUUGGAAUGAAGGGGUUGUCAGUGCCAGACCGAAUGGAUCCAUUGCAUUCGAACCGGUAUCGAUGGGUGCGGUGGAUUGGGGUAAUCUCUACGCUGUAACAUCAUUCAACGACACCAAACGUGACCGUCGCAUUCAGAUAGGUUGGUCACCAGAAGACAUGAACAACUUUGGGAUCGUUCAACAGGGGUAUCAAGGGGCCUUGUCAAUCCCUCGAGAACUGUUUGUUUUGUACACGCCCAACGUCAAACCACCUUCGCCCAUGAGAAACAGUAGUUCGGUGUACACGUCAAACCCCAACGGCACUUGCACGGCACGCACACUGGGUAUCCGACCUGCCCGGGAUGUCGUCGCCGGUCUCCGCGAAGGUUCUCACGCCACAAACCAUACCGUAGGCGGCGACAACGACAACAACACAAUAAAAGGCAACGGUGCCGGCUCCGGGUCUAUGAUGCUUUUGAACAAGUUGAAUUCAUCUUCGUACGAAAUUUCGUUCACAGUCGCCAGCACGACCGGUAGAGCGGGUUUGACAAUCCUUGCGUCUCCCGAUUUCCUCGAGUACACUUCGAUAUACCAUGACCCCACGACGUCGACGAUUGCAUGCGACAGGAAGAAAUCUUCGACCAUCCCAGAAUUUCUCAAGACGACGUACCUAGGGUUUUUCGAACCAUACAACGUCAUCACUCACGACGAAACCGGAUCCGGUUCCGGCGUCGCCGUUCCUGAAACCAUCACAUUCGAUGUGUUCGUGGACGGAUCACUGGUCGAAAUCUUUGUCAAUGAUCGUUUCGCUCUGACGACCAGGGUCUAUCCUAGCAGACUGGACAGUACGGGGGUGGGCCUGUUUGCCUCCAAGGGAGUCGAAGUGACUUACUCUGGACCACUUCAGGUCUGGGACGGGUUGAAAGAUGUGUGGCCCAGUAGACCACGAAACUCGAGUUCGUUGUUGGUCUGGGAUACGGAUGCAGAAACAAACAAUGGGACAUGGUGGACGGGACUUUGA